AUGCCUUUAAAACCGAAUCUUAUAUAUCUAACACUCCUAGCCAGCAGCAACGUGCUGGCCAACCAAUGUUUCUCUGCGAACAGCGAAACCCCAAAGGAGAAUCUCCAGAAAUGCUGCUCCGGCCCGUCUAGCGGGACGGGAGUUGUCGCUGGAUAUGAAUUUGACUACAUGUGCAACAAGUACCCCAGCACGUAUGAACCAGGCCAAAGGGGAUUCAAAACGGCACAAGCAUGUGCCGAGAAUUGUGCUACAGACCCCCAAUGCAAGGCCAGUGUAUGGAGAGCUUCGAGCAAGCUUUGUGCUAAGGUUACUGUGGAAUCCUAUGAUACCAUUAUUGGUGACGGAUGGCUCUUUUUCGAGAAGAAUGAGAAAUCCGACAAACUGUCGGACGAUUGCCAGGGACAAAUCGAUUCUGUCACCAAAGAAUGCAAAGAGAGAGAAGCGAAAUGCCAGGAGGAGAAUGGGGCCUGUGGUGAAAAGAUCACCAGGUGCGAGUCGGAGAAAUUGCGAAGCGAGAAGAGCCUGGAUGAGUGCCAGUAUAGCAAAGAUACACUGUUGCAGGACAACAAGAACUCCCUUGAGAAGGCCAUGCAGUGUGAAUCCAAAAAGACAGUGUUAGAGAGCCAGCUAGACCAGUGUCAGAAGGAUCAGACUACAGAAACCGCCAAGUGCAAUGAUAAAAUUCAACAGUGCGAGGCUGAGAAGAGAUCAGCUGCCAACCAAUGCGAAAAGGAUAGACGGGAAGCGGAAGAUAAAUGCACACAAGAAAAAGGAGCCCUAGAGGAGCGCAUGGGAACCCAGAAAUGCACUGGCAAGUGCAAGAUUGGGCAUACGACAGCGUCUACUGUUGAUCGAAUUUUGUCCUCUCCAAGGAGGGAGCCUUUUAUCUCCGACUUGAAAGCGUUGACUGUUUUUGUCCUUGAUGACUAUUCGCUGGAAGACAGUAAGGAAGAGGUGAGAAAAUUCACUUCUCGGUAUGAACUUGAUUUCAAGCUUUGGGGUCACGAUAGCAGGUAUUAUACUGGUUUGGCGGAAAAGGAGGGCCGAGCGAUAUGGGUAGAUAAAUCGGCUUCACUUCUGGAGAGAGCUCGAGGAUGGGAGUCUGAGCUUGCGUGUUAUCUCAAUGGCAAAUGGUGGAUGACUUGGUACGAUGUGGCUCGGUUUUUGGGUGAUCUGUUGGAAUAUGUUGAAUGA